AGCAAUGGAGGAAGUAUAUGAGAAUGUUGCCUGUAAAAAGCAUGCCUGUCCAGCUCCUGCAACAGAUCCCAGAGGCUCCAGCAGCUCUAAGAGGAGAGUUUAUUUGGCUGUAAUUCUCUGUCUGGGCGUCCUGAGUGUUUGCCUGCUGGCUGGACUCAUCGUCCUUGGUGUCCAUUAUCAUAUCUCGGGUGAGAUGGCUGCAGAUCUCUUUGUCAUCCAAGACCAACUGAGUGAGCGUCUUCAGGCCAGUAAGGACAAUCUGUCCUCCCUGACAGAAGAGAGAAACCAGCUAAAAGCCAACCUCAGUCAACUAACUGAAGAAAUGAACAAGCUUAAAGAGAAAACAUGUCCUGCAGGAUGGAGGAUGUCCACUUUUUCUUGUUACCUCCUUUCUACAAAAUCUGGUUCCUGGGAUCAAGGCAGAGAAGACUGCAGAGGCAGAGGAGCAGAUCUGGUGGUGAUAGACAACGAUGAAGAACAGAAAUUUCUCUCUGCAUUUGUCAAAGGAAACUGUUGGAUUGGUUUAAGUGACAAAGAAACAGAAGGGACCUGGAAAUGGGUGGAUGGAACAACCCUGACUCUAAAGAACUGGGACACAAAUCAGCCGGAUAAUGGUGGUAGCAGUGGAAAGUGGGGUGAGGAGGACUGUGUGCAACUUACAGAUUCUAACAGGACCAUUUGGAAUGAUUUUAAUUGUGAAAAACCUAUGCAGUGGAUCUGUGAAAAAGGACCAAUAUAAUCUGCUUAACGGGAAUACUUGUAAAUCUUUACAGUUAUAGCUAUAGUUUGUUUUGUUUCUCUGGAAGCAAUUCUGUGCCUUAUUUCAAUUUAAAAUAGAUUAACAGAAAUGCUUUUCCAUUUUCAGAAUAU